AUGGCCCAGGUGCGGGAUUUAAUUCCUAUGCUGUUCUCCGUACUCCAGCAGCAACCGGCGGCAGUGGGCGUGGUGAUCCGUGGUUGCCGAGACGGCGAGACCAGCGGCUGCAGCCGCGUGGUUCCACUCCUCGCCGUCGUGACUGGGGUUCCAGGGGACGAGGGACCACCGGAGGUCCCCAAGUCGAAGGGGAUAGCAGCCACGGCAUCUCAGCCAUCUACACCAGCAUUCACAGCCCUGGCAGCACCCACAACCAACACCUUCGACGCUGGACUCGACGUCAACAUCAAUAGCGUACAGGAGGUGUUUGAUGGAAUACCCAUGAGGUUUCAAGUUUUAAUAACAGUUUGGUGUACUAUUGAUGUUAUGACAUCUUUUUCAUGCCAGGCUCUUGCUAAAGAACUUGUUAGAUCAAGAUGUGCUGUUAGUCGUCUUUACGAAAACAAGGCUCAACUAAAUUCAGUAUCAAUGCACCUUGGAGAAAUUGUUGCUGUAAAAACAAAGAACUUGAGCACUUCCAGUCAGCAUCUGUAUAACAAAGCCACAAGCAGAGGAAAGACAUGGAAAGAAACAGAGGAAGAGGAGGGAAGCAGAGCUGCAGAGCACAUCCAAGUCGAGCAGAGGCAGUGCACAUCCAAAUCAAGAGCAGGGGCAAGUCGGCCCCUGUCCCGUAACGCCGACCAUGACAAUGACGCAGUAUUGGUGGUGCAGCAGCAAGAGGAUUGGUACUGGAAGGUUGGAGUAUGUUGUUGUGAAGGUCCUGCCGCUGGAGCAGGUGCGCGGAAGGCAAGGGCCCUAAUCUGCCAUCAUCAACGGUGUUGCCAAUCCCAGAGGAUGGUGUAUGGCAAAUCUUCCCUCAAUGCUGAUGUGUUAGAAGAUGAAUCAGAGUCGGCUCUUUGGCGCUGA